GCUCGUCUGACAGGCUCGCUGGGUGUCGGCGUGAACGUCGGGCAGCUGUGAAUGAACAUAAAUGUGGAAUCUAAUGUGCCUUUGGCGCCGCUUGGUUUAUUCGGGCAUUUCUUUUCUGCUUCGGGAGCCGGGCACUGAGCAAUAGCGGUGGGGUGAUGGCGGAUUUGGCAGGCAGCGCAGGUCUCAGCAGACGGUCUGCUGCGCACUGAAGCAACUGAAAGCAGCAAAACAUCGAAAGGUAGACAGAAUGGAUUUCAUUAAUUGGACUGAAGGAGCCUUCGCCACAAACAGCAGCAGUUACGACUCCCUUGAGACCGCAACGCUCCCUCCCAGUAAAAUCCUGCUGACAAUAACCCUUUCCGUCGUGGCCAUACUAACUACGUUCUUUAACUGUCUGGUGAUCACAGCCAUCGCUGUCACCCGCAAGCUGCACCACCCAGCCAACUACCUCAUCUGCUCGUUAGCGGUGACGGACCUGCUGGUGGCUGUGCUGGUCAUGCCCUUCAGCAUCAUCUACAUCCAACAUGAAAAAUGGGUCAUGGGCGAGGUGGUGUGCACCAUCUGGUUGAGCAUAGACAUCGCGUGCUGUACCUGCUCGAUCCUGCACCUCGCCACGAUUGCCAUUGACCGUUACAGGGCCAUAACAGACGCCGUGGAGUACUCUCGCAAGCGCACAGGGGCCAGGGCCGGUGCGAUGGUGGCAGUCGUGUGGCUCUUGUCCAUUCUCAUCUCGCUCCCGCCGCUGCUCUGGCGGCACUACAGCGACGACGAGCAGCACAAGGAUCAAUGCAUCAUCAUCCACCACCACAUGGCCUUCACUCUUUAUUCCACGCUUGGAGCAUUUUACAUUCCUCUGCUGCUCAUCCUCAUCCUUUACUAUAAAAUCUACAAGGCGGCUCAGACACUUUACAUGCGCAGAGAGGCUAGCAGGGCGAGCCGUCACUCGUGCAUGACCAACGGGAGCAUGAUCCCUUCCACCUAUCCCGCCGGAGACAGCGACGGCGACGGUGGUCCUCGCAGUCCGGAGCCCAUAAGCCCGCCGGAAAAGUCCUUCUCCGAACCUUCGACGGAGGAAACGCCCCGUGAACGGGUGCGGGUCUCCAAAAAGAUUUUCAAAAGCAAAACACGCAGGCAUGACUCGAGGAGCGAGUCGCGCCGGAGCCAAGUCUACCAAGGGCCGCGGAUUUCAGGCUCACGGGAACGAAAGGCAGCGUCCACCCUGGGGCUGAUAAUAGGGGCCUUUGUCAUCUGUUGGCUGCCGUUUUUUGUCAAGGAGGUGAUCGUCAACACCUGCGCUUCGUGCAACACUUCUGUCGAAAUGGCGGAUUUCCUCACGUGGUUGGGCUACCUUAACUCUCUGAUCAACCCCCUCAUCUACACCAUCUUUAAUGAGGACUUUAAGAAAGCCUUUCAGAAACUUAUUAGGUGCAGUCAUUACCUCUGAUACUGAGCCAUGCAUGAUCAAAAAACUCACGCGCCAUUUAACAAGCAUUUUCAACAAAAAAAAGAGAGCAAAGGUAGUAGUGGCUUCAGUCAGAGACACGUGUACCACAGAGGAAAGAAUCUAGAUGUGAGAGACUGACUCCCAUUUUCUGAACCAAUGUUGACUACUUCAACAACCAAAAUGGCAGCCCACUUCGCCGAUGAGUAUUGGUUUAAAGUUCCACAUCAAAGUGCAGGUUCUGCUGGUUAUAGAACAGCCCAAUAUCUCUCCAAAGUUAAUUGGUGUGUGUGAAGGGACGCUGACAUGUUGGUUGUGAGAAAAUAGGCGGCUGACCUUUUCUGAGGUCUGGGUUCUGAGCAUCAGAGAUUAGCCCUAUUUAAAGGUCUAAAAACAGCUGACCAUCGUGUCUGAUUCAUCUAAUAACUUCACCGCGGUCGGCUCGACACUGCUGGCUGAAAUGUGUAACGUGUAAUAUACCCCAACCUACCAAGCCAUUGUUUUAUGUGGUCAUGGUAAUAUAAAAGACAUGACUUUUAUUUAGCUUUUCACAACAAUCAUUGACAUAAAUGUUGUUGUUUGCUCUUUUUUUUUUUUCUU